AUGACUCAGAAAAUGGGUGUACUCAAAUCUCAAUCUGUAAUAAAAUUUGCCCCAUACAACUUCAGCAUGUCCCAGACCCCGAAACAUGUGUUGAUGAUCGACAAUUACGACUCGUUUACUUGGAAUUUGUACCAGUACUUGUGUCAGUCCGAGCUCUGCGCCAAAGUCGAUGUUUAUAGAAACGAUGAGAUUGACAUUGAAACAAUUGAAAACGUUAUAAAGCCCGAUCUUUUGUUCAUUUCGCCGGGCCCAGGCCACCCAUCGACAGACUCGGGCCUUUCCAAAAGAGCCAUUGAGUAUUUCAAGGGGAAAAUCCCCAUUUUCGGCGUUUGCAUGGGCCAACAAUGUAUGGUUGAGGUUUUCGGAGGAGAGGUGACUUUUGCCGGCGAAAUUGUCCACGGCAAAACGUCCACUGUGAAGCACGAUGGAAAGGGUGCAUUUGCAGGGAUCCCACAAGGUGUGGCCGCUACAAGAUACCACUCUUUGGCCGGAACCAAGGGCAAAAUUCCCGACUGCUUGGAAGUUACGGCAACCACAGAGCUGGAUCCGGAGGUUGUCAUGGGAGUCAGACACAAAAAGUACACAAUCGAGGGUGUGCAGUUUCACCCGGAGUCUAUCUUGACCGAGGCGGGGCACGAGCUUAUUGAAAAUGUCUUGAGAAUGAACGGAGGUACUUGGGAAGAAAGCCAGGCUAGCAAGCCCAAGGGAAACAUACUAGAGACCAUUUACAAGCAGCGGAUUGAAGACUAUGCUGCCAUCGAAGCGCAGCCUGGAAAGUCCUUUGCGGAUUUGCAAGUGUCGUUGGAUCUUGGCGUGGCUCCUCCACUUGUGAACUUCUACCAAAGACUUGCGCUGACGAAAACUCGCGGCGAAACCAUCAUCUUAUCUGAGUUCAAGAGAGCAUCGCCAUCUAAAGGAGACAUCAACAUCUCUGCGCAUCCAGGAAAACAAGCAUUGACUUAUGCCCGCAACGGAUGUUCUGCCAUUUCCGUCUUGACCGAACCCAAGUGGUUCAAAGGAUCCGUCGACGACAUGUCUUUGAUUCGCCAAGUGAUUGCCAACGAAAAGGACCGGCCUGCUGUUUUAAGGAAAGAGUUUAUUUUCAGCAAGUACCAGAUCUUAGAGGCACGUUUGGCCGGCGCAGACUCUGUGUUGUUGAUUGUGAAGAUGUUGAAAGACGCCCAGUUGUUGCAGACCUUGUAUGAAUACUCCUUGUCGUUGGGCAUGGUUCCCCUUGUCGAAGUCAACGACUCGGAUGAGUUGAAAGUCGCUUUGGCUUUGACAAACAACAACUCCAAGGCAGAUUCACUUGUCAUUGGAGUCAACAACAGAAACUUGACGACGUUUGAUGUGGACUUGAACACCACAAGCUCUUUGGUUUCCGAGGCGAAAAACAGCGGCAGAGAAGGGGACGUUUUGGUGUUGGCUCUUUCGGGAAUCACCACUUCUCAGGAUGUGAAAAAGUACAAGUACGAGGACAAUGUGGAUGGGUUUUUGAUUGGAGAGAGUUUGAUGAGAGCAGAGGAAAAAGGCGAGGCUGGAACGUUUUUGCAUGAGCUCAUACACAUUUAA